GAGGGGAGGACUCGGGAGCGCGACCAGCCGAGGGAUCGAUCGGAUUAAACUCGAUUUGAGUGAAAUUAACACAAAGGAGAGAAGAGCAACGCACACUAGUCGGUGAGGUCGCGGAUGUGAGACACACCGGAGAAAUAUUUCAUGAAAAACAAAAAGCUAGAACUUUUUUCCUCUGUUUAUUUAUAUUUUAAACUGAAAGGACCACGGUGGAUCUUUUUUUCCAAGCAAACGGAGAUACUACCCUACUAACCAGGAGUUGAUUUGAUAUAAAGCCCGAAGUGACCGAGGUUGUUGGGAACUUUGAUGAUAACUAUGGAGUAGAAAGCUUCGAAUCAGCAGCUACCUGAUUAGCUCUUCACUGGACAACACACAUCCCUCCAUCCAGCCCCCUCCAUCUGUGGGCCCACCACCCAGCCAUGGCGGACCCAGCGAUGUUGAGCUUAUUUGGGGAUGAUGCAGGGCUGUUCUCAGAUGGAUUAGAUGGUUUAGGAGACUGCUUUCCUCAACAACCAAACCCUGGCCAAGCCAACCCUCUGGCCCAGCAGACCAACCCCUCUCUGAACCAUGAGCACCAGGGAAAUCGGGGUUACCAUCAGGGGAUGAUCCAUGGUGCUGGGCCUGGCCCUGGACAGCCUAAAUUGGGACAAAUGUACGACCCUGGCCCCUACACAGGAUAUGAUCAGUCUGGUGCUCCUGGAGGACGAAUGAUGACCCAGAAUGGUCCUAGCCAAGGGCCUGCAAAUGUGAACACGGCCAUGAAUGGCAUGGCUUCCCACUACCAUAAUAACCCAGCUAACCCUAGUAACCCUCACCUUGGGUACCAGAGUGAUGCUGGGGGAGGAGGGGGAGGUGGAGGUGGAGGUGGAGUUUGGGGCCAACAACAGCAGAGUAGAUCAGCAUAUCAGCAGGCACCACCAGGUGGCAGCCCUAACCAGAUGGGAGGCUACCAGAUGUCUCAAGGCAAUUAUGGUGGAAUGCAAGGUCCACCUACAUCCAGUGCAGCUCGCAUGAACCAACACUACCCUCAACAGAGCAUGGCUCCCCCUCCUGCUCAGGACCCAUCUCACUACUUGGGACAUGUUGGGAUGGGAGGAUCCCAGAUGAGACACCCCCAGCCUCAGUCACAACCCCAGGGCUUCCCCAACAUGGCUCACACACCCCGAUACCCACACUCCCCUUCCAGACAGCCUCCACACCCCCACCAGCAUCAACAGGGCAUGGCGCCGUUUGGGGGUGCACAGUACCCUGGCUAUCAGGCCCAAUAUGGUGCCAUAGGACCUGGGAUGGGCCAGGGUGCCAAUGCUAAUGUCAAUGCUAACACCACCCAGGCCAUGGGACCAGGACAACUUGGCCAGCGGUUCAACCAGGGAACAGGUUCAGCACCAGGGCAACAGGGACAGCGAUAUCCCCCUGGACCACCACACCAACCCCAGCCCCAUCAGACCCAUUCUGCCUCAAUGCAGCAGCAAGGAGGGCAGCAGGGCCAGCCUAUGCACCCCCUAAACCACCCCCAGCACCCCCAAAAUCUACCCCAGUCUCAAAACCAACCCCAAUCUCACCUUGCCCCCCCAGCUCAGGGAUCUUACCCUUCCCCUUCAUCUAUGUCCCCCAUGCGGGUUUUGGGAGCCCCAACACCGCCUCCUCAACAGGGCAGACCCCCAAGCGCAGGACUAGCUGGGCCUCCAGAUGUUGCAGGAUAUACAGCCCUGCAGUCUACACCCAAUGCUAUGACCCAUGCACAGAGAACCCCCCAAACCCCCAUAUCAGCCCCACACCCCCAACACCAGCAGCCCCACAACAUGCCACCGAAUGCAGGGCAAAUGUAUCCUGGCAUGGGGCCGCAGCGUGGUCCACAGAUGGGAACAACUAGGCCUCAGCUUCAGCAGCAGCAAGGGCCCCAUGAAGCCCCAGUCACACAGGGGGGAGACCAGCGUCUGCUCCAAGCCCAGCAACAGGCCUCUCGAAGCGGGCAGCCCAUGCAGCCUGCUUCCAUGGGUUUCCAGGGUCCUCUUAUGGGUCAACAUGGAUCCCCUGCCCCAAACCAGGGCUUAGCACCGCCCACCCAGAACACUCAACCACAGCACACACAUUUGCCCGGACACCCUCAUCACUUGCAGAGCACGCCCCCUCCCCCCAACCAGGCCUCCCACUCAUGGGCACCUCCGCCUCUCGCCUCCCACCCGCUCUCCUCACCCCCUCUUACCCCACAGAAAGUGCCUCACAUACAGCAUUCCCCCUCAGACCUGUCAGGUGAUGCCUCAAUGAUGGUUCUUGACAGGCCAACGGUCGGUGCUGGAGCCCCCAGCCAGCCUAUCAGCACAGAGAAGCCUACCGACCAGGAGACCAAGCCAAAAAAGAAGAAGAAAAAGAAAGCAAAAGUAGUUGGAGAGGAAGAAGAUGGAGGCAAGAAGACGGCAAAGGAAAUAACAGAGGAAGACGUAAAGUCAGCAUUUCCUGGAACAGGAAGUGAUGCAGGUGAACAGGUUACUGGCACAGGAAUUAUAGAAGGAAGUUCACCACCGGUGGAGGACAAGAAAAAGCGGAAAAAGAAACCAAAGGAGAAGGUGGAGGGCAAGGAGCCCAAAGAGCCCAAGACCCCGAAAACACCCAAAACACCCAAGACUCCCAAAGAGCCCAAGGAGAAGAAAGCCAAGAGCACCACGCCUAAGGCAAAGACUCCCAAGAAAACCAGCAGUAAAAAGGUGGAGUCAGAGGGUGGAGCUAGCGCUGCUAAGAAGGAUUCCAAGAGGAAGAGAGAGUUGUCAGUCAGCGAUGAUGUGGAGGUGAAGUCUCCACUGCCUUCUCCCCUUGAAGAGGAGGACGAUGACGGUGUACAGAAGCGUCGCUCAAGUCGUCAGGUGAAAAGGAAAAGGUACACAGAAGACCUGGAGUUUAGGAUUUCUGAGGAUGAUAGCGGAGAUGACUCAACAACACCGAAAUCUCCAUCAUCCUCAUCACAACAACAGGAUGUGGCUGAGGCUGAAGGGCCAGUUGUUGAGAAGAUCAUGGGUAUGCGCGCCUCCAAAAAACAGCUGGAGUCAGGGGAAGAAGUGGAGGUUGAGGAGUUCUACGUCAAGUUCAAGGGCUUUUCAUACCUACACUGUCGCUGGGCAGAACUGGAGGAAUUGGAAAAGGACAAGAGAAUACACCAGAAGAUAAAGAGGUUCAAGGCCAAGCAACAGCUUAACAGCUUCAUAACAGAGAUGGAUGAUGAGCCUUUUAACCCGGACUAUGUAGAGGUGGAUCGUGUCCUGGACGUUUCAGAGAGCACAGAUGAAAACGGAGAGACGGUGACCUUAUAUUUGGUGAAAUGGUGCAGUUUGCCUUAUGAAGACUCCACCUGGGAGUUGAAGGCCGACAUCGACCAAUCCAAGAUAGAUGAAUAUGAACGCAUCGCAGCACGCACACCCAACACUACGAGAGUGGAUCGGCCUCUUGCAGCCGACUGGAAAAAGCUGGAGGGCUCCAGAGAAUACAGGAAUGGCAACGCACUCAGGGAAUACCAGCUUGAAGGUCUCAACUGGCUAACUUUCAACUGGUACAACUCACGUAACUGUAUCCUGGCGGAUGAGAUGGGACUAGGAAAGACCAUUCAGUCAAUUACAUUCCUUUAUGAAAUGUACAUGACGGGCAUUGAGGGGCCAUUCCUCGUGAUCGCCCCUCUUUCCACCAUCCCCAACUGGGAGAGGGAGUUCAGGACCUGGACCGAGCUCAACGUGGUGGUCUACCACGGCAGCCAGGCCAGCCGGAAAACCAUUCAGGCCUACGAAAUGUACUACAGGGAUGCACAGGGUAAGAUGAUAAAGGGAGUCUACCGGUUCCACGCUGUUAUAACAACAUUUGAGAUGAUUUUGGCCGAUUGUCCGGAGCUUCGUAGCAUCCCGUGGCGAUGUGUGGUAAUCGACGAAGCCCACCGCCUCAAAAAUCGAAACUGCAAACUGCUGGAGGGACUCAAAAUGAUGGAUAUGGAGCACAAAGUUCUGUUGACUGGAACUCCCCUCCAGAACACAGUGGAGGAGCUCUUCAGCUUACUCAACUUCCUGGAGCCAGAGAGAUUCCCAUCAGAGCAGACAUUCAUGACUGAAUUUGGAGACCUAAAGACGGAAGAACAGGUCCAGAAACUGCAAGGCAUCCUGAAACCCAUGAUGCUGAGAAGACUGAAGGAGGAUGUGGAAAAGAACCUGGCCCCCAAGGAGGAGACCAUCAUUGAGGUGGAGUUGACCAACAUCCAGAAGAAAUACUAUCGGGCCAUUCUGGAAAAGAAUUUCUCCUUCCUAUCCAAAGGGGGUGCAGGAGGAGGGGGGGGUGGAGGUGGAGGAGCCAAUGUUCCCAACCUCCUCAAUACUAUGAUGGAGUUGAGGAAAUGCUGCAACCACCCCUACCUCAUUAAUGGUGCGGAGGAGAAGAUCAUUGAGGAGUUUAGGGACUCCCAUGGUGGCAGGACAGACAUGCCAGACAUGGCACUCCAAGCUAUGAUCCAAGCAGCUGGCAAACUGGUGCUCAUUGAUAAGUUGCUGCCCAAACUAAAAGCUGGUGGGCACAGAGUCUUGGUGUUUAGUCAGAUGGUGCGCUGUCUGGACAUCCUGGAGGACUACCUCAUCCAAAAACGAUAUCCAUAUGAACGCAUUGAUGGCAGAGUUCGUGGUAAUCUGCGACAGGCAGCCAUUGACAGGUUCUCCAGACCAGACUCGGACCGUUUUGUCUUCCUGCUGUGUACAAGAGCUGGAGGACUUGGCAUCAACUUGACUGCGGCAGAUACCUGCAUCAUCUUUGACUCUGACUGGAACCCUCAGAAUGACCUCCAGGCACAGGCGAGGUGUCAUCGUAUCGGCCAGUCCAAGUCUGUCAAGAUCUACCGUUUGAUCACCAGAAACAGCUAUGAGAGGGAGAUGUUUGACAAGGCUAGUCUGAAGUUGGGACUCGACAAAGCUGUUCUUCAGAGCAUGAGUGGUAGAGAGAAUGCCAACAGCGGGGUCCAGCAGUUGUCCAAGAAAGAGAUUGAGGACCUGCUGAGAAAGGGUGCCUAUGGAGCUCUAAUGGACGAGGAAGACGAAGGCUCAAAAUUCUGUGAGGAAGAUAUCGAUCAGAUCCUCCAGAGACGGACCCACACCAUCACCAUUGAGUCAGAGGGCAAAGGCUCUACUUUUGCUAAGGCCAGUUUUGUUGCAACAGGAAACCGAACCGACAUUUCUCUGGAGGAUCCGGACUUUUGGCAGAAAUGGGCCAAGAAGGCUGAGUUGGACAUGGAUGCCAUUAAUGGCCGGAAUACUCUUGUUAUUGACACGCCAAGAGUGAGGAAGCAGACACGACACUACAGCAGCGUCAAAGAGGAUGAAAUGCUGGAGUUCUCAGAACUGGAAAGUGAUGAGGAUGAACCCAGCAAACCUUUAUCCAAACAGCGACGCCCUCAAGAAAAAGCCCAGGGCUACCCCCGAUCUGAGUGCUUCAGAGUGGAGAAGAACCUGUUGGUCUACGGCUGGGGAAGGUGGAGUGACAUCCUGGCUCAUGGUCGCUUCAAGCGCCCUCUGAAGGAGAGCGACGUGGAAACCAUCUGCAGGGCCCUCCUAGCCUACUGUCUGCUGCAUUACCGUGGAGACGAAAACAUCAAAAGUUUCAUUUGGGACUUGAUCACCCCAAACGAAGACGGGACGAUGAAGACUCUGACCAACCACUCUGGUCUGUCUACUCCUGUCCCCAGAGGCAGGAAGGGGAAGAAGGGGAAGUCCACAGCGCCACCUCCACAGACUCCACGAGCUGAUUGGCUAGCCAGCUGCAAUCCUGACCACUUACUGCAAGAAGAUAGCUAUAAGAGACACCUGAAACAUCACUGUAACAAGGUUUUGCUGAGAGUGAGAAUGCUGUAUUAUCUGCGACAGGAAGUCAUAGGCGACCAGGCGGAGCACAUCCUGGAAGGAGCCGACACUAGUGUGCUGGAUAUCUGGAUUCCUCAGCCGUUCCAUGCUGAGGUCCCAGCUGACUGGUGGGACAGCGAGGCUGACAAGUCCCUUCUCAUCGGCGUCUUCAAACACGGCUAUGAGAAGUACAACUCCAUGCGUGCCGACCCCACCCUGUGUUUCUUGGAGCGAGUGGGCAUGCCAGACGCCAAAGCGAUCGCCGCUGAGCAGAGGGGCUCUGACAUGAUGGCAGAUGGUGCUGAGGGUGAGGAUGAGGAUCCAGAAUAUAAGCCACUGCGUAUGCCCUUCAAAGAUGACCUAGACGACUUCACUAACUCUCCACUGGAUGACAAAGAUGACACAGUGGAGGGUGAGACUGAAGUCAAAUCGGGUGAAAACGGUCAGUGUGCACCAACUGUGGGCGGAGCUUCUGGCUCCAAUGAGCGACUCUAUUGGCCUGCUGCCUCUGCACUGACAGCUCGUCUGCGUCGUCUCAUCACGGCUUACCAGCGCUCCAACCGAAGAGAGCAGCUCCGCCAGGAGGCACUCAACCGACCUGAUGGUCGCAGGCGACGACGCAGGGAGUUCCUGCCUUCUAUUGCCAUGGUUCCUGAAACAGGAGGAGGAGCAACUUUUAUCCAAGAUGGCUCGGGGGUGUUCAUGGCAGAAGGAAGCCCGUAUCUGGCAAAAGGAACCGCUUACUUUGCCAAAGGUAGUCAGUUCAUGCCAGAGGCUUCGCCAGUGUUGACCGGCAGUCCUCUGAUGUCUGAUGGAGCCAUGUAUUACAAAGAGAGAAGACAAAGAUGGACGCGACGUGAGGAGGCAGAUUUCUAUCGUGUUGUGUCAACCUUUGGAGUUGUCUUUGACACCCAACGUCAGAAGUUUGAUUGGACACAGUUCAGAGCUUUUGCUCGGCUCGACAAGAAAACAGAUGAGAGCUUGGAGAAAUAUUACUACUCAUUCAUUGCCAUGUGUAAACGGGUCUGCAGAAUGCAGAUCAAGACUGAAACAGAACUCCCAGAUCCAACCUUGAUCAUCGAUCCCAUCACAGAGGAACGAGCAUCUCGCACCCUGUACCGCAUUGAGCUGCUUCGUCGCAUCAGAGAGCAGGUCCUCCCUCACCCUCUGCUCUCUGAACGCCUCAAGCUCUGCCAACCCUCCCCAGACCUCCCAGAGUGGUGGGAGUGUGGACGCCAUGACCGGGACCUCCUCUUGGGGGCCUCUAAGCAUGGUGUGAGCCGCACAGACUAUCACAUCCUAAAUGACCCAACGUUAGCCUUUCUGGAGGCACACCAGCGCUUUACCAGUCAGCGAGGCACAGGUGUUGGCAUAGGAGCCCAGGGAGAGUUCACCAAAGCUGGGAUGGGAACUUCAGAGACAACCUGUGCUUCGCUUCUCACACCCACAGAGCUUGCAAGUGCUGAAGCUGCUGCCAAAAUUGCUGUUAAUGCAGCUAAAGAGGAGGAGAUAGAAGGGAAGGACAUAAAGGUUGAGGAAGGGAAAGCGGAGAUGGAGGUAAAAAUGGAAACGGAGGACGUCGAUGCCAGUGACAUUCCAUGUACCAAGACUGAAACCCUUGAUGAACAAAAGGAAAAUCAGGUAGAUGUAAAAGAAGGGAAAGAUGAGACAGUUGCGUCACCCCCUAAGGAGGUCAAGACAGAAGAGCCCCAACCAAAGGUAGAAACAAGCGAGCAGGAAGCGCUGAAAGAGGAGCAGAUUAAAGAGGAUGACAAGAUUUUGAAACCAACAAAUGACCAAGACAAAGGCUUGAUAGAGAAAACCAGCUUGAGUCCUGAAGACUGUCUCGACAACCAGGACACGCACGCCGAGCUCCCAGAACAUCCAGACUCCUCUCCUCAAGCACUGCAGGGCCGCAAGACUGCAGAGGAGGAUGAUGGAGAGGAGAAAGAGAACCCAGAGUCUCUUAAAUCUCCAAAGUCUGCUGACACAGAGAAGAGCCCAGAGGAGGAAGAUGAGGAGCGGAUGGAUGAAGAUGACAAAUCUGAAAAAUCUUCUCAAGCUGAAGCGAGUGCUGCAUCAGAGCAGAAGAACUUUGAUGAGGAGAGUAUUGCUUCUCUGAGCACGUCUGUUCGGGACGAGACCAGAGAUGGAUUCUGCCCUGAUGACUUACAAGAAACAUCUGCACUGCAGGCCUUACAGGAGCGAACUUACGGCUUCUCAUUCUGGCCUAAGGAUCGAGUGAUGAUCAACAGGAUGGAUAAUAUCUGCGAGGCAGUCUUGAAGGGCAAGUGGCCUGUCAACAGACGCCACAUCUUUGACUUCCCCAGCAACCUCCUGCCAGGUCAUGGAUCCACAGCAAGCACAGCGGCUGUAGCCAUGGUGACUGAAAGCCCGCUGCAGAGGCGGAGCCUCGCUGAGCUGACAAUGGCUGGUAUCCAUACCCCAUACAGUGGAAGUGAGGAUAAAACACUGUCACCCCAUGUUCAUGAGGAUGUUCUCAGUCUGACUGUGCCUCGACAGAGGAGGAGGAGAAGGAGGAAGAUCGAGAUUGAGGCAGAGAGGGCAGCCAAGAGACGUAAUCUAAUGGAGAUGGUGGCUCAGCUGAGGGAAAGCCAUGCUGCUGCUGAGACUCAGAACCAGGCUAUAGACCUCACCAAGGGAAUGCACCAUCAUCACAAGGCCACCCCCUCAUUGGCUGGCUUCUCCAGUGGCAUGGUGACAAACCCUUCCCUCAAGGCCCAAAUGGAUUUGCUGCAAAUAGCUCCUCCUUCAGGGCACAGAGCCAACGGUUCGUUAGAGGCUGACCUCCCCAUCAUGAAAAGGAGGCGGGGCCGCAGGAAAAAUGUAGAAGGCCUUGAGCUGCUGUUUAUGGGCAACAAGAGAGCAGGAGGGGAUGACGCUGAUGGGAUGAAGGUUACAGGUGUAGAUGGGGUUCAGGAAGCUGCCCGUUCACAAAGACCCAUUACCGUCCCAGAGCAGAGCCCCAGUGCUAGAUCUCUGGCCUCUGGCAGCCUGGACGAGGAAGAGGCAGCAAUUUCCAACAAAGAUCUAGGAGAGUGGCUGAGGCAGCACCCAACAUACAGCAUGGACAUGGCUGGAUUUACACCAAAGAAUGAGGAGUUGCUGCUGUCGCAGUUUUCUAAGCCCAAGCAGAAGCGCCACCGUUGUCGAAAUCCCAACAAGAUUGACAUAAACACCCUGACUGGGGAUGAGAGAGUUCCUGUGGUCAACAGACGAAAUGGGCGCAAGAUGGGUGGAGCCAUGGCUCCACCAAUGAAGGAGCUUCCCAGGUGGUUAUUGGAGAACCCUGAGUUCUCUAUCGCUCCUGAUUGGACAGACAUUGUCAAACAAUCGGGUUUCCUCCCAGAAGCCAUGUUUGACCGCCUCCUGACAGGCCCUGUAGUCAGAGAGGAGGGUGUGCGUCGUCGAGGGCGGCGGCCCAAAUCUGAGAUUGCUAAAGCAGCUGCUGCAGCACAGGCAGCAGCUGCUGCUCAGGCUGCACAGGCAUCACUGGUUACUGCUGCUACAUCUGCAGGAGGAAUCAACCCUCUGCUUCUGAACAGUCUGUUUGGAGGGAUGGACUUGUCUUCUCUCCAGAGUCUCCAGUCUCUCCAGUUGGCUGCUGGUCUGAUGGCCUUCCCACCUCCCACCGACCCCAAGCAGACUGCUGCCUCCAUGCUGCCUCUCAUGCUGCCAGGUAUGGGAGGGCUGCCCAAUAUGGCCACCGCCCUCCCUAGCAUGUUCAGCCUUGGGGGGCUAUUCGGCAGUAACCUGGCGACAGCCGCUGCUGCCACCUCUGCAUCCGUCGCCGCAGCAGCAGGCAACACCAACGGAACAAUGGAGGGAGAAGACAGUGAGGAGAUGAGGAAGAGGGAACGGGAGGAGAAAGAAGGAGAUGGUGACAAGGGGCAAGAGGAGGAUGAUGAGGAGGCAGAGAGAAAUGAGGAGGGAGUGAAGAAGAUGAAGAAGAUGGAGAGUAAAGGUGGUUUAGAAAAAAUGGAGAGAUCACUUUGUGAUGUCGCUGCAGCUCCUAAGAUCCAAGCUGCUGAUUCUGCAGCAGAGGUAUCCAUUAACGGAGAUGCAGCGGCCCUGCUGGCUGCUGCUGGCAUGUCUGCCAAUUCCCUGGCAUUUAACCCCUUCCUCCUCUCCACCAUGGCCCCUGGCCUCCUCUACCCCUCCAUGUUCCUGCCCCCAGGCCUCGGAGGACUCAGCCUGCCUGGCUUCCCCACAGCCUCCACCCUGGCCGAGCUGCAGAGCGCCAUGGCUGGAGCACUGGGAGGUAGUGGCAUGACCUCAAACCCUCCCAGAAACGAGCAGGAGGACAAGAAAGGAGGGACACAACCUACAGAAGAAGAAGAGGAGGAGGAGGAAGAAGAAGAAGAGUGUGAAGCAGGAGGAGCAGAAAGUGACUUGGCAGAGGAGAAAGAGGGUGGAGCAGAGGGUGAAACAGCAGGUGAGGAUGAGUGUGCUGUUCCUGAGGAAGGAAGGAUGGGAGGAGAGGAGGAGGCGGUAGCGUCUCCGCAAAAAGGCAAGAGUGACUGAAGCAACAGGAAAAAAAACUGACUGGCCUUGAACAUUUCCUCCCCUCAGACCACCCCUCACCACGUUUACACACUUCUACCAGAAAUAUCCAAACAAUUAUGAACUGUUUUCUUUUCUUCAUUCUUUUGUUGAUUAUUUUUUUCAGUCUGUUUUGCCAUGUGUAUUUACUAAGCGUCAGAGAGGACGAGGUGUGUUUGUGUUAAGUUAAACCUCUCUGAUCAAUAGUUUAGUCAGGGAAAAUCCUCAGCAGCUCACUCAGAGCUCAGCUCUUCUUCAAAGACUGUUUCUUUCUCUGGUUGGCCUGUGUGCGCUGUAAACUGUUCACCCACGCUUUCCUUUUCCACAAUCCCUCAAAUAGGACUUCUCAAGUUUCCGAUAGUACUAUUAUUAUUAUUAUCAUUAUUAUUGCUGCUUUCAGCUCAUGUCUUUUUUUAUUUUUGCCUUUCACUUUGUCUGGACUGUUUUGUUGUUGGCAACGUCUCAUCAAAACAAGAAGAAACGCCCGUCGCCGGUGCUUUUUCUAACAUCAGUUCUCAAAAAGAAACAGCAUUACAGCUAACCCGGCUGUCUGUCUGACAAAGCUGCUGCAAAAGGAAUUGUGGGUAAUGGAGUCAUACUGCUCUGUUUCAGAGCAGGAUUAUUAUUUGUCGUUAGUUCUCACAUAUCAGACCAGGUAGACUCUGAUGAGGAAAACAAACCAGGCUGGCAUAAAGCUCGGUCUCUCACACACAUCUAAAUGCAUACUUGAUUGUGAGCUGCACCUACAUGCACACACACACAGAUGUACAUUCAGGUGUCUACCACUACACACACACUAACCCCUUCUGUGACUGUUGUCCCCAUAACUGUUUUCCUUUUGAGUGUAUGAAUGUGUGUGUGUGUGAGCUUGUGUGCACGCUGAACCAAUACUGUUAAACCCAGUCCCACACUGAAUACCCGUUUCAAGUCUUUCCACUGCCACGUUUGAAUCUCUUUUGGAGACGGCUGGUUAUUUUUUGGUAAAUGAGGUGGCAGGCGGGCUGGGUCUGCCACCAGUCAGGUCUUCUGACUGGUCCGCCUCAUGAUCCCGAAACCAGCCGUCCCCGUUCAAAGUCCUCUGUGAAUGAAUUUGGAGCGACGGUCCGCACAGGGAUGUGAUGUUUCAGGUUUAUUCUUUAAAGGGUGGGGGGGGGGACGACAUGUUUAUUUUCCUCUCCCCCUGUCGCUGCCACAUUAAAUAUUCUUUUACUUCAUUUACAUCCCGGUAGUUCUAGACCAAGUGCUGCUCCCUAGUGACCUUCUGUUUUAAAGACUGUUGCUCUAGUCACACACACUGACACCAGGCCUGGCCAAACAGGACUGAGACACAUUUUUUCAACCGAGUUGGAAAUUCACUAGUUUGUACAUGAAGUUCAACUCUGGUCGCUGAGUUAAGUUUGUUUUAAAUACUUGAAAAGCGCAAGUGGCGCUUGAUUUGAUUCCCCAAAGGCCAGUUCAAGUGUCUGAGAAAAAUCAUCAAUCAAGUGCUGCAAGUGGUUCAAAUAUUUGAAAGUACAUUCAAACACACACGCUGUGGCCAGGUCUUAACGUUUGCUAUCACAGCCAACCCAGCAGAUGCAGGGAGAGAAGCGAGUCAGAGGGGGAAAGAUCGGUUCUGGCUCUCUGGAGUUCCCCGUCAAAGAUCCUCAUUCUCCUCUCUAACGCUGAGACAGCAAUAACCAAGGCAGCUUUUGAAUGUUCCAGCAUCACUCUCCCAACACACACACACACACACACAAGUGUCGUAUGAAUAGAUAAAACUAAAACUGUAAAUGAUAACGUAAGAACUGCAAUCGAUUUUUCUCACUCUGUUCCUGUUGAUGCACUGGUGUUAAAGAGUUAAAAUAAUCAGGUACCUUUAUUACUUAGCUACUUUUCUUGAGAAAAAGAGGACUUUUUGUUACUUUUAGCCAGCAAGCUGAAGAGCAUUACCUCAAAAUUCUUAUCUAGCCUUGAAGUUUACAGACAUACCAUGUAAAUGUUUUUUUUUUCACUUUUUUUUUUGUUUUUGUUUUGUUUUUGUUUUGGUGUGUGUCUUUUUGUGUGUUUUUGUUUUUUUUUUUUUUUGUUUUUUUGGAGACAUCAUGUAUGAUGACUUGUAGCUAUGAUGCUUUUAAUAAAAGUGAAUCAUGAUAUUCGCCUAGGAAACCAA